AUGGGACAUCCCCCAAAACACCAAAUUGAACAUCCCCAAACGACCAAAUUGAACAUCCCCAAACCACCAAAUGGGACAUCCCCAAAACACCAAUUGGGACAUCCCCAAACCACCGAAUGGGACAUCCCCAAACCACCGAAUGGGACAUCCCCAAACCACCGAAUGGGACAUCCCCAAACCACCAAAUUGGACAUCCCCAAACCACCAAAUUGGACAUCCCCAAACCACCAAAUUGGACAUCACCAAAUGGGACAUCCCCAAACCACCAAAUGGGACAUCCCCAAACCACCAAAUGGGACAUCCCCAAAACACCAAAUGGGACAUCCCCAAAACACCAAAUUGGACAUCCCCAAACCACCAAUUGGGACAUCCCCAAACCACCAAUUGGGACAUCCCCAAACCACCAAUUGGGACAUCCCCAAACUACCAAUUGGGACAUCCCCAAACUACCAAUUGGGACAUCCCCAAACCACCAAAUGGGACAUCCCCAAACCACCAAAUUGGACAUCCCCAAACCUUCAAAUUGAACAUCCCCAAACCUCCAAAUUGAACAUCCCCAAACCUCCAAAUUGA